AUGUUGGCUCCAAUUCCUAUUAAACCCUAGAGUCGAUACAGCUAAGGCUCAUAUUCAGGUAUUUCCACAGGCCUUUCCUCACCUUCAAACAGGCUAAGGCAUUCUUAAGAACAUCAACAAACUUUCUAGAAUUAAUUUGACUUUGAUAACAGAUCUCUUGACGUAAUAAAUAACAUGCAUUCUUCUAAAAUAGAUUUCGAAGACCUCGUUCAUAAGGGGCUUAAUUAAAAAUCCGAGAGGAUAGAGGAUUACGAAUGGUAGCAGAUGACUUUUGGUAAUUUGCGCGAUGUUAGAAGAAGUUGUGAGGACUUCAAUUACGAGCAAUUUGAGUUGGUUGAAGACAGAGAAGUAAGGAUGAGAUGCAGCGUAGAUUUAAUAAAUGAUGAUAUUUAAUACUCUGCCUCUGACACUCAGAGAAAUCUCAAAUCUAUUCUAUCUGCUGAGGAAGAAUUACGCAGUAUUUUCAGCCGAUCAAAAGUUCCCAGUUUUGAUCAGGAAAGUGUAACAGGUUAAGAUAAUUUGACCUUCAGUGCACCAAGACUAGUCAGAUUCUAGUCUCAUUCUGUUAAAUCAGAUAUUUGCGUACCGAAGCCAAGAUUAGGCACAUCUGUUAACUCUCCAACAGAUCUUAAUCUAAAACUAACAAAUUCUUACGAUACAAAUAAUUAAAAGCAAAAUUAAUUUUUCAGCAGUGGUUAUGGGGCUUACUAAUAAUUUGAUAACCAUAGCAACAAAAUAAACACCAGCUAUAUUGCCCCUUUGAUUGAUAACAAUUACUUCGAGAUUGAAAGACCUAGCAAUCCUUAAUCAAGAGAUAAGAAAUUCAAUCGCAUCGGCAGCUGCUAUACUGAUACAAAAACCGAUGGUCAAAAAUAUAUUGAUGACAGAAUCAUGAAUACAUUUAGCCAAUAGUGCGAAAUCCAGUAAUAUGGAAGUAGCACCACGAGUAAAGAUCACCUCCUGAUUCUGCAAGAGGAUGCUUAAGUGCACAACCAACUUAACUUAGAAAACUAUAUCCUAAUAGAUGAUAUAUUCGAAUUCUCCAGUGAUAGUCAAACUGUUAGCAGUAGUUCUGAUAGCACAGUCAGCCAAAAUUAACACUGCUUAUACCAAACAGAACUUAAAUCUUAGAGCAAUUAAAAUCAGCAUAUUGCCUCUUCUUAUACAAAUAAUAAUUACAUAUGCUAAGACCUCUGUAUCUAAUUCAAUGAUUCCCUUGCAAUUAGAGAAGAGGAUACCCUAAAAAUUAAGCCAAUACAAGCUGAUUUCUUGGUAUCAAGCGAAAUUCCAAAGCUUAAAGGAGAAUAAUUGAAUCAUCAAGAUUAUUACUAAUUUGAAAAACAUACUAAUGAAUCUUUUAAAGACGAUUUAUUUGGUACAAUACAUUCAAGACAUCAACUAAAGGUUGCUUCAUCAUCAAAAUAGGAAUUGUAAGAUAAAUAAUCCACUAUUUAGAAGGGUUAUGUAAGUGAUGAACAUAGUUUAUGA